AUGGGAGUUGACAAAAAGUUGUAUACGUAUCCAAGCAACACGCCGGUUUGUGCACUAAACUGUGAAAGUGCUUUUGAUGGUGAGAAGAGAGAGCUGAAGAAUUAUGGUAAGGGCAUGUCUUCUCUAAAAUUAGCUUACUUUUUUCAGACUUCUCCGGAAUCUCCUGCUUUGUUUGUCAUCUUAUACAAAUUCUUCAAAACAGAGCUGGCGGCAGACCCUUCGCUUGAACUGACAAGAAGAAGAGCCAUCGAUGAAUUUGGCUGGUCCGAAGAAGAUUAUAGGUCUUUUUUGGCAUAUGCAGCUGCUUUUUUUGCUAAUGGCGGAAAUUAUAAAAGUUUUGGGGAUACAAAAAUUGUACCGCAGCUGGAAGAGGAGAAGUUUCAUAAAUUUAUGAAAAUGUCGCCAGCUGUGAAAAAGUACGGGAAUCGGUUGCAGGGUGUAACGUGCUAUCAUUCAACAAACAUCACUAAAGCUGAUACGGAAGUUAUAGACCGGUAUUGUAAAGCCAAUAAGGUUGAAGGAUGGAAUACUAGAUUACUGAAAGAGAAAAAGGGAGACAAAACUGUUUACCGAAUUCGAUUUGCAAGCCCAAAGGAACUUUCAAGAGAGGAAUUCGAAGGGAGUAUAGUUGUCCUCGAACGCUGUGACUAUGGACCUCUUCUGAGAUUAACCAAUGAAUAUCUGACUGCAGCGCUCAAUUAUGUUGCGAAUGAUAACCAAAAAAAUAUGUUACUAAACUAUAUAAAGCACUUUGAAACUGGCCAAAUUAAUUACCAUAAAGACGGAUCUCGUUUUUGGAUAAAAGAUGUCCAGCCCAUUGUAGAAACGUACAUUGGAUUUAUAGAAAAUUAUCGUGAUCCCGUUGGAGUAAGAUCUGAAUUUGAAGGCUUUGUUGCUGCAGUGAACAAGGAAAUGUCAAAAAAAUUACAGUUAUUAGUUGGACGAGCUGAAGAUUUAUUAAAACGUUUACCUUGGGAAAAGGAAUAUGAGAAGGAUGUUUUUUUAAAACCAGACUUUACAGCUUUGGAUAUAAUUGGAUUUGGAGGAAGUGGUGUACCAGCAGGAAUAAAUAUUCCGAACUAUGAUGACAUCAGACAAAAUGAGGGAUUCAAGAAUGUGUCACUCAGUAAUGUCAUAGCUGCAUUACCGAAGCAGAAAAUAAAUUUCUUAGAUCCGGAAGAUGAGUUAAAAUCCUUCGAAGUGCAAGUUGGACUUCAUGAAUUAUUAGGACACGGAAGUGGAAAACUUCUACAGCGAAAUAAUGAUGGGACAUUCAAUUUCAAUAAGGAUUUGAAAGAUAUGAUAACUGGAGAGCAGGUUUCAAGCUGGUAUGAACCGGGCGAAUCAUGGAGUACAAAGUUUGGAGCUUUAUCAGGUGCUUAUGAGGAAUGUCGAGCAGAAGCUGUAGGGUAUUUCUUGUGCACCUACCCUGACAUUCUCGAGAUUUUUGGCUAUGAAGGGGAGUUAGCAGACACGGUCAAGUACGUGAACUGGAUGUCUGAAAUUAGAGCGGGGCUUGUGGCAUUGGAAUUUUAUUCUCCCGAUGUUAAGAAGUGGGGGCAGGCUCACUGUUUUGCAAGAUUCACUCUCCUUCGGGUUUGCUUAGAAGCAGGUGAAGGAUUCGUCAGUAUUACAGAAACUGUUGGUGAAGACGGAAAGCCAGAUUUGCUUUUUAAGCUUGACAAAUCUAAAAUAGAUUCUGUUGGGAAACCAGCUGUUGGGGCUUUCUUAAGGAAAUUGCAGGCGUACAAAUCAACGGGCGAUUAUGUGAAAGGUUCAGAAUUUUUUAACUCUUCAGGCGCAGUUACUGAUGAACAUCUGAAAUGGAGAAAAAUUUUAAUAGAGCGUCGUCAGCCGCGACGUCUACUUGUUCAGUGUAAUACUCAGUUAAGAGAAGACGGUGGAGUUGACUUGAAAGUUUAUCCGGAAUCGUUUGAGGGCAUUAUACAGUCGUACUGUGAAAGAUAUGCUCCUGAAGCUGUGCAGAGUUUGCAGGAUAUCUGGACUCGCGACAGGCAUAUGUUUGACAUUUAG